CGGAAUUGCUAUGUUAUUUAGAGCAGCGUUGCUCUGACUUGUAAAGCAAUUUCUUAUCUCUUUUUCUCAUCUUCCACUCUCAAACUUCACUUAUAUGAACACAUCAAGAGAGAGAAAACUCCAAAUAAAAAAGAAGAGAGAUAGGGAUAGAGAGAAAGAGAGAGAUUCUCUUUUCAGAGAUGAAAUUUUGAUUUUGUUUGAGAAAUUCAGAGACCCGUUUGCAAAGAUAUACAGCAAUGCAGUGUAUCUUUAAUUCAUGAUCUGAAAUUUUACACAAACUAUGUAAUUUUUCUUCUUCUUCUUCUUUAAUCAUCAAUGGGAUUUCUUCAAACCCAUUUUGUUUCUUCUUCCUCUGUUUUGUUUCACUCUCUGUUUUUGAUCAUCUUCUUUAAAGGCGUCUCUGGAGCUGGCUUUACAUUUGUAAAUCGAUGCGAUUUCACUAUUUGGCCGGGAAUUCUUGGCAACCCAAAAUUGGAAUCCACUGGGUUCGAGCUAUCUCCGGGUGCGGUGCGUUCAUUUCAAGCCCCGCCUGGUUGGUCUGGCAGGUUCUGGGGUCGUACCGGCUGUUCGUUUGACCCAGCCACUGGUCAGGGCAAUUGUCAAACGGCUGAUUGUGGAUCAAACCAAAUAGAAUGCAAUGGCGCCGGAGCUACUCCGCCGGCGACUCUAGCCGAGUUUACGAUCGGCGGAGGUGCCGGUGGGCAGGACUUUUACGAUGUCAGUUUGGUUGACGGUUACAACAUUCCGAUGGUGGUCGAUGCCACUGGUGGGAGCGGCGCAUGUCAGUCGACUGGGUGCGCGGCGGAGCUGAAUCGACGGUGCCCGUCGGAGCUACGCGCUGGGGAAGGAAAGGCGUGUAGGAGCGCGUGUGAGGCGUUUGGGAACCCAGAAUACUGCUGUAGCGGCGCGUAUAACUCACCCGCCGCUUGUAAACCAUCGAUUUACUCGGAAAUGUUCAAAUCGGCUUGCCCUAAAUCGUAUAGCUAUGCGUUUGAUGACGCAACAAGCACUUUUACUUGUAGUGGAGCAGAUUACACCAUUACAUUCUGCCCUUCUUCCGCAAGCCAAAAAUCAGAAAGAGACCCGUCAAGCCGAGGCGACAGGCCAUUUGUAUCGUUUGACAGUUCAUGGCUGCCGGACUUUAUCACCGGAGAAGGAUCAUCCAAAACAAUCCUUUUGUCUUCAACUUUGAAUUCAACAUUGUUUUUUCUUCUUUCUUUCACUCUCUUUUUUCAUUAGAUUUUUACUUUCCAUUUCUCUUUUCUUUUCUAGUUCUCAAUUCUUAGACAAAAUGUUUUCUUUUUCUC